AUGCGCGGAACUCCCCGACACGGGACAGCCGUGGGAUUUAUAGCGCUGCUGAACGCGCUGCUGCUCGCGACGCAGGCUGCAGAAGGAGUCCUAACGGACCAUCUUCUGGUUCAGUUGCACGAGGACGCUCGGGAUGAGGCGCGCCAACUUGCAACACAACAUGGGUUCCAGAGUGCCCGGAAGCUUCCCUUUGGAGAGGUGCUCUUUCACUUCUAUCCUCAGGACAGUUCAAAGAGGCGGAGCAAACGCAGCGCCCGCGGCAGACAGCGACUCCAGAAAGACCGCAGGGUGAAGAAUGUCUUUGAGCAAGAGGGUUUUAGUCGUCAGAAGCGAGGCUACAGAAAUAUCAAUGACAUUGAAGUCAACAUGAGUGACCCUCUAUUCACCAAACAGUGGUAUCUGAUAAACACGGGCCAGGCAGACGGGACCCCUGGGCUGGAUCUUAAUGUGGCUGAAGCUUGGCAACUGGGCUACACGGGCAAAGGAGUUACCAUCGCAAUCAUGGACGAUGGCAUCGAUUAUCUUCAUCCAGACCUGGCAUCAAAUUAUAAUGCCGAUGCCAGCUAUGACUUCAGCAGCAAUGACCCGUUCCCAUUUCCACGCUACACAGACGACUGGUUCAACAGUCAUGGCACACGAUGUGCUGGAGAGGUGUCUGCGGCAGCCAACAACAACAUCUGCGGUGUGGGAGUCGCCUACAACUCGAAGGUGGCAGGUAUCAGGAUGCUGGACCAACCCUUUAUGACUGACAUAAUUGAGGCAUCAUCCAUCAGCCACAUGCCCCAGGUUAUUGAUAUCUACAGCGCAAGCUGGGGACCCACCGAUGAUGGCAAGACAGUGGAUGGACCCCGAGAGCUCACGCUGCAGGCUAUGGCUGACGGGGUCAACAAGGGCCGCGGAGGAAAGGGCAGCAUCUACGUAUGGGCAUCAGGAGAUGGUGGUAGCUAUGACGACUGCAACUGUGAUGGUUAUGCCUCGAGCAUGUGGACGAUCUCCAUCAACUCAGCCAUCAACGACGGACGCACCGCCCUGUACGAUGAGAGCUGUUCCUCCACCCUGGCAUCCACGUUCAGCAACGGACGCAAGAGGAACCCAGAGGCUGGCGUUGCCACUACCGACCUGUAUGGGAACUGCACGCUGCGCCACUCUGGUACAUCAGCAGCAGCUCCAGAGGCAGCUGGUGUCUUUGCUCUGGCUCUUGAGUCUAACCCUAAUCUGACAUGGAGAGACAUGCAGCACUUGUCAGUCCUGACCUCCAAGAGGAACCAGCUUCAUGACGAGGUCCACCAGUGGAGGAGGAACGGUGUUGGCCUCGAGUUCAACCACCUGUUUGGCUACGGUGUGCUGGAUGCUGGGGGCAUGGUGAAAAUGGCUAAGGACUGGAAAACUGUGCCUGAGCGUUUCCACUGUGUAGCCGGGUCCAUUCAGGACACCCAUAAAAUCCAGUCCGGCAACAAGCUAGUCCUGGCCAUCACCACUGAAGCCUGUCAGGGGAAGGACAACUUUGUCCGCUACCUGGAGCACGUUCAGGCAGUGGUCACUGUCAACGCCAGCCGCCGCGGCGACCUAAACAUCAACAUGACUUCACCCAUGGGCACAAAGUCCAUCCUGCUGAGCCGAAGGCCCCGUGACGAUGACUCCAAGGUGGGCUUCGACAAGUGGCCCUUCAUGACCACCCACACCUGGGGCGAGGACCCCCGAGGGACCUGGGUCCUGGAGGUGGGCUUCCAAGGCGAGGAGCCACAGCGCGGAGUCCUGAAGGAGUGGACUCUCAUGCUGCACGGAACACAAAGUGCCCCUUAUAUAGACCAGAUAGUGCGUGAUUAUCAGUCCAAACUUGCCAUGUCCAAAAAGGAGGAGCUGGAGGAGGAGCUGGAUGAGGCUAUAGACAGAAGUCUGAAGAGCUUGAUGAGUAAAAACAACUAAACUCCCAUCUGCAUGUGGCCACCUCUUUCACUUUCUCUUAUCUCUCUCCCUCUCUGCAAUCUUGCUCUAUCCUUCUCCAAAUUUAACUGCAUCUCCUCAGUUCUUCUCACUCUCCCGUUAUCCUCCCUUUUGUCUACCUCUCUUCCCUUCUUCACUCUGCUUUUUGUUAUCGAGUGUUUCAAUUAGCCCCCAACCGUCAAUGAAUGUUUGUUGUAAUCCAAUCAUGAUAAAAGUGUAACCUUCAAUAAUCUGUUCUACAUUGAGAAAGCAAACUGUAUCACCUGAAUUUUUACACUCUACAGAAUUGUACAUAAACCAAAUAUAAUCCACUCUUUCAUGCUCUUGCUUUAACUGCCCUGCACCUCUCUUCUGCCAACUGUUAUACAGUUUGUGACUGUAAAUGAUUUUCUGUGUCAUUCUACUUAAAGUUUAAUAUCUUGCAAACAGAGCAGUGAUACUUCUUUCGGUUUAUAUUUUUGUGACAUGCACUGUUUAUAUAAACAAGGAAAGGAAUUUGUGAUUCAUUAUGCAGCCUGUGGUCCUCAGUUCAUAUUUCAUAAUCUUUGGCGUAUAUUAUAAUAAAUCUAUUCAGCUGUUUAUUAAAGCACUUGAGUGAUUUGCAACACACUACUGAACAUACUGAGUAAAAGUAGCAUGACAUUCUUUGACAUUUCAAUGCCCCAAACUUUUUUUACGGAAAAACAGAGAAUGUAGAGUAAAAUUUUCUCCAGACACAAAAUAUA